UAGUGACUGUCAAGUCAGUCUUUGUGAAACGGUUGCCGGUACCACAGUACGACUUCGAAUGUCCACCAGAGGUUGCUACGAUUCUCUAUGGUGUUUGUGACGUGAGUGAAGCAGGGCUAGGCCUGCUGUGAUAACGAAAAUAUGACGGUUACUUAUGGGGGGCGGGUGCCCAACGGAAGUACUUUUGGGUGUUUUUGGAAAGUUCUAGGCAUAUGGCGUGGCAGUGUAUAUAAACUGGUGUGGAGAGAGUUAUUAGCCUAUUUAUCAUUAUAUUAUACCAUCAACCUCAUAUACAGAUUCGCCCUCACAGAACCACAACAAAGGAUAUUCGAACGAAUACGACUAUACUUCGGUCAGCAAAGUGAGACGAUACCGAUGUCGUUCGUCUUAGGAUUUUACGUAUCUCUAGUAGUUAGUAGAUGGUGGGAUCAGUACAAGUUACUACCAUGGCCUGAUACUCUUGCUCUUUUCCUCAACGCGGGUAUCCCAGGCGCGAAUGAAAGACAUAGACUGAUGAGGAGAAACAUAGUUAGAUACGCAGUAUUAGCAUAUGUAAUAACACUUCAGAGGGUUUCUCUAAGGGUUAAGAAGAGAUUUCCAACUUGGCAGCACGUUGUAGAUUCUGGUCUGAUGUUGGAGAGCGAAAGAAAAAUUUUUGAGCUGAUGGACCAACGAACGCCAAUGUCCAAGUACUGGAUGCCCCUGGUAUGGGCGACCAACAUCAUAAAUCGAGCUAGAAAAGAGUCGAUAAUCACGAGCGAUCACAUUGUACAAACGCUGCUGAUGGAAUUGUCGGACAUCCGGAGAAAGUUGGGUGCUCUAAUCGGAUAUGAUACAGUGAAUGUUCCUCUAGUCUACACUCAGGUCGUAUCCCUAGCUCUCUAUACCUACUUCUUAGCGGCACUUUUGGGAAGGCAAUUCGUGGAAGGGCCUCAAAAUAAAUUCGAGGCUCCUGACAUGUAUUUUCCAUUCUUCACUUCACUGCAGUUUUGCUUCUAUGUGGGAUGGCUCAAAGUAGCGGAAGUUUUAAUCAACCCCUUCGGCGAGGACGACGAUGAUAUUGAAUUGAACUGGCUUAUUGACAGACACAUCAAGGCUUCAUAUAUGAUCGUGGAUGAAAUGCACGAGGAACAUCCAGAAUUGUUGAAGGACCAAUAUUGGGAUGAUGUCGUACCCAAAGAUCUUCCCUACACUGUGGCUUCCGAACAUUACCGCAGACAAGAACCGAAAUGUUCUGCUGAUUCCUAUAAAAUAAAAGCUCAGGAUGCCGUCUACGCCAAUCUGAUCGCUCCAAAGAAGUCGCUGUUAGGCGAAGAUAUGUACGCUGAUUAUGAAAGCGUGGAUACUCCCAUUCAAGAACGAAGAAAAAGUUCCAACUGGUUCUCACGUCAGAUUUCAAGAACUGGAAUGGGUUCAAUUCGAUCCUCUUCAACGGCUUACUCUUCUGGGGGUCUUUUUGCCAGGUACCGGGGAAACUCGGUAUAUGCCAAUCCAGAGAAUGGCCAAUUGCCAGGAAUGCCAACACAUAAGAUGUCAAUUUACGACAGGCUAGUCGGGAGGAAGUCUGGCAGAAGCAAAAGCCACAGACCAAAUUUGAAACUUAGUGGUGCUGCAGCGAUGCAAAUCAAGAACAGACCCAGAAUUCCAACUCCAGAUGUUACAAAAGAAGUCGUAGACAGAGAAAACAGAUUAGCUGCCAGCGUGGCCAGCGUACAGAAUCAGAUGUCGGCAGGGUUAACUUUGAUGCCGCAUCAGAUACAAGCUGGCUACGCUACUUACCCUUCAGGAGAUAUACCGGUGGUACAGGUCGUUCUAUCACCAAUUCAAGAGCUUGAUGGCACUGGUUCUGUGAACAAUACUUUGCACGCUAAUCAGCCUGGCACUGCUGCACUAGCACAAGCUAUUCUUUCACCAGGACUCGGUCCAGUUCUGACCACACCUGUUAGUGUACCUAUGACUGUUUCGCAGCUAACUUCGCUGGGUUUGACAUCACAUCACAAUAGUCCGCUAUUGGCCAGAACAUCAUUCGACCAUGCUUCGAUCAGAAAUCCUGCCUUCAUUCAGGCAUUUGAACCAGAGAAACCACUGUCGCCCAACCAACCUCUGACCUUAACUGAAGUACAACCAGAUGAAGAGCUACAGGUUUUCAGAAGCAGCAAUGGUACUCCUUCUUCAGAAGACUCACAUGCCUCCAAGGACUCCACAUCCUCAAAUGUGUCGGCCACAACUGCAUCAGUCACGUCAAAAACCCAGGAGUCAACCAGUGACAGCUCAAAAGUGACCUCCCCCUUCAUUUUCGACACUCUGCCGGUCACUCUCAAAUUAACUCCGAUUGCAGAAAGAAAAAUAGUUGCGGAAGCUACUCUUAUCCCCAGUGCUUCUGCUCCAAACUCCUUGGUGUCUCUUGGCGGUGGCAAUGAAAAUCAACACAGAAAAGUAUCUUCUAUAUCCCAAAGUGGUCAGGAGGGCGGAACCUCUAAAAGAGAGGUAUAUGUUUGAUCCUAAGUUGUGAAAUAAAACACCGAAACAUUAAGGACAUAUAUACAAACAGUGAUUCUGAAUUAAUUUCAAAUAAGUGGCAUUGUGAUACGUUAUCUUCAUGACAUAUAUAGAUGUAACCGAAGUUGAUCAUGUUUGAAACAUAUUUGUACCUAAUACUUCAAUUUUUCACCAUGAUUUUCAGUUAACUAUUAUUAUCCAUUGAUUUCUUUUACAGUGAAUCUAUUGGUGAAAGGUCUUGUAUUCCAUGGUUUUAAUAAACAUCAUGUUGAAAUAUCUAACCAGGGCAUAACAAAAAUCAACAAACAUAAAAUAAUUGGUAGUAACUUUGAGAAAAUUGGUUCGACAUAAUAUUUAAAUAGUUAUAGAAUUGCGUGAAUGAAGUGCCUGGAAUGAAUAAACUUUUUAAGAAAUUGACGGCACCAUAUCAGUUUUUCUGUAUUGAGAGUGACAUAUUGUGAUAUAAUCUAACUUUGAAUUUAGGCUGAAAUUUCCAUAACAAUUUUUAAUUAGUUUGGCCGCUAUAGAUAUAGAGAAAUUAUGAAAAUAAUGAAAAAUUUGUCGUUCAAUUGGGAAUUUGUCAGUGGUAUUUGUGCCCCCCACUCAAGAUAUUGUAUAUAUUAUAAAUUAUUUUCAUUAUUUUAUGCUGAGAAUUGGGAUGAAAGAAUACAUUUCAUUAUUGAAUCUCUGCUCUCUCUGUAUGAUUUUAUGUAUAUUUAUUUGAUUCUGGAAUUCUUCUCAAUUGGUGUAUUUUGACAAAUAUUUGUAUAUAUUUAAUGUCUAAGGGUUAAAUAAAUGGUUAAUUAUCAA